AUGAUGCAACCUUUUCUUCGUCCAACUGAGGUACCACCUGAAACACUGCCACCCGGCUCUGUUGGAAGCUACAGUUCUGGAAACCGAUUAGUAACAGGAACAUCAGAUGAUGACAAACCAGCAGCAGUACCGGAAGGUGAGACACAAGCUGGUGCUACCGCCCUUCGUACAUCAACGUUAAAUCAGGAAGAAGGUCAACCAUCUCCGUUUCGUGCUGGUGCAGCUCCAACCGAUGAAACACCAGAGAAAGGACUUGUCACAGGUGAAAAGAAGAAGAAGAAGAAAAAGAAGUCAAAGAGUAAAAAGAGCAAAAAGAAGAAAAGUUCCAAAGGAAAUAAGAAAGAAGGCAAAAAAUCGGAAGAAACACUACCAGAAGAACCGUAAUCAAAUAAAUGCUACGUGAUCCGUGCAAACGACAAGAUAC